GAAAGGUAGCGUAUGACCUUGAAAUAAAAAUUAGGGACAACGAUACAACAAUGACGAACCCCUACUACUUAUCAGUGGUUGCUAGCAAAGGUCCUUUCCGUUUCAACGAGUCUCCCAAAAUAGUCAAUCUACCGACUACCAUCAAGGUGAUGGAAAACACCCCACCGGACACAUAUUUGUUCAAACUUCUAUUCACCGACGAAAAUCCUGCCGAUACUUUUACAGUGACGGAUACUAUAAAUGCGUCUCACGUAUUGAAAGAUUAUAUCAAGUUUAACACGACUUCAUACGUAGUCUCGACGGGAACUAAACCAAUUGAUUAUGAGACUUCGACUGCAGGAGAAUUUGAAAUAAUUAUUAGCGACGGCACGGGAACGACCCAAUUCUUCACCGUCACUGGUACAGUAACAAUCCAAUACGUGGAUGUCAACGAAGAUGGCAUUAGCUUGGUUUUGAACUCUAAUGCAACGGCUGAAUUUAAUGAGGAUAAGGCACCGGGAUCCGUGAUAUAUUCCUCGGUCGUAGACAAAUCUGCCACACUGAAUACAAGCAUAGAUAAGAAUGAAGUAAUAGACUACUGGAUGAAUUGUGGGAAGGAUUCAAAAUACUUCUCGUUUGAUCCCAUUGCAAAUGAGGUCAAGCUGGUUCGAGAAUACGACAUGGAUAAGGGGUUGUCUGGCACUGCCACCUGUAACAUAACUGCACGUGACACCGGCGGUUUUACAGAUACAAAGUCAUUUACACUCACGGUGAAUCAAACAAACGACAUCGCACCAGAGUUUCCCCACAAGAACUACGUCUUUUUCCAAAGGCCGUCGGAUACGUUUUUCACGCUGAUCGCAAACAUGUCUGGAUCGGAUGCCGACGUUGUUGAUACGCCGACCGUUCUGACCUACAGGUUUGGUCCCGCCAGUUCCAAAGCUUCCACGGAGUCCCAUUUUCAGAUUGAUGAAGACGGAAUACUCUACAUACGUAACGUCUCUACGGUUCCUGACGGCUCGUAUAAGACGUUCGAGAUCAUCGUCUCCGACAAUGACGCUACGGCGCCUCUGGAAGGAACGUGUACAGUUACUGUGAUAUUUAGUGGGGUGGCGACAACAACAACAACGACGACCGAGAGGUACUAUGUCUUUUUGGACGACCAUGAGAAUUACUGGUGGAUGUUUCUGCUCGGCGCCCUCGUGUUUGCCGCCGUCGUCAUCAUCAUCUUCAUCGCCUGCAACGAUCCCAGGAUCUACGACUAUGUCGUUUACCAGAUGAACAGGUUUGCUCACUGGUGCCGUCGCAAGCCGAAGCCGAAGGCACCAAGGAGAACGGUUGGGAAGCUGACCGUUACGGUUAACAACAAGCGACUUGAGAACGACCCUGACAACGCGUUGCCAUGGGAGCUGCUCGCUAAAGAUGGUGACGUACCGGAACUAAAUCAAGUCCAGGCGGAUAUUCAGAAAAGAAAGGAGAAAAGGGACCGGGACUAUAAGAACUUCAAGGGGUUGCCCAUAUUCGAGAAGGGCAAAGGGCCUCGGCCUGACUCGGCCCAGUCUACGUCAUCAAUUUCCAGUGAUGUCACGAGGACAAGUGAGUCCCCGAAAUAUGCCACAUUUGUCAGCAAAGACGACAAUCUGGACGAGGGAGGUGAAGGUCAAUGGGGCAACCUGGAAGGAGCAACGGGAGGGAAAUAAGUGUCAUUGAGAGAUCGUUAAAGCAACACACCUUGAAAUGAAAUACAUGUUCAUCAAUACAUAUAGAUGCAAUUUGAAAGUGUGCAAAAUUGUCAUUAAAUCUAUGGCCCAGUUAGCAAGUAAUUUAUUAUUUUUCAAACGGUACCGCUUUUAAAACCGAAAGUAGGAUUUCCAUACGUAUACGUCCAUUUCGACAAACGCGAUUAUUUUUAAGUUUUAAGGUACAAAAAAGACGGAUCUCUACCUUGUAACCACCAUAUAAAUUCUUAUUGGCAUAGAUAAAAUAUGUUUCUUAUUUAUACUCAAAUUUACUAUGCCAAAUGAGUUGUGUGGCUUUAAAUAACCUCGUCUGCGCAUGUUUCGUAUUUGCAGACCUUUGUUUGGACAACAGAGCGUUCGUUUUAUACAUGUACAUUGAUCUUGCCAUGCCGUUAGCAAACCGUUUUGAAUACAGAGUAAGGCGAUUGUAAGUUAGUCGCAACAAACUAUGUUGAGGGAAUUGUUACUCUGUAUAAACCUUUUUACGUUUUUGCCUUUUCAUGUUUAAUUAGAUGUUUUGUUUAAAAACGCUGUUUGACACAUUUUAUAUUUUAUUUCGCACUUAAAAAGGACAUUGUUUUUUAGAUGGAAUUUAUUUAUUUAUAUAAAAAUGUUGGUUGUUGUUUUAUAUGUUGUUAUUAUAGAU